AUCUUUUCUCUUGUUUAUUGCUUCGAUUUAACAAUUGUGAAUUCGCUUGGGUGAAAUCCCAACUUUAGCGACUUGACGUUCAGCCCUACACAGUUUGGAAGAAACUCAGCUUGACGCCAGUCUCCAAUGGCGACUGUACCGCUCAGAGGUCGCGCUUAUUAUUUUGAUUACUUGACUAAGCUUCUCCUCAUCGGCGAUAGUGGUGUAGGAAAAACUUGCCUGAUGCUAAGAUUCUCAGGUGAACCUUUUCAAACAAGUUUCCUUUCCACAAUAGGGAUUGAUUACAAGACUAAGAUCAUUGAACUUGAUGGGAAGCGAAUCAAGUUGCAAAUAUGGGACACUGCAGGCCAAGAACGUUUCCUUUCCCUUACAAGACAGUAUUACGCAGGAGCAAGAGGGAUUCUGCUGGUCUACGAUGUAACUGAUGAAUCUUCAUUCAAUAACGUCAGGCAAUGGAUGGAAGACAUUGAGGUAAAUGGCCCUGACGAUGUCAACAAGAUAUUGGUUGGUAACAAAGCUGACAAAGAUGAGAGCAAAAGGGCUGUUUCAACUUCAAGAGGCCAGGCAUUAGCUGAUGAAUACGGUGUAAAAUUUUUUGAGACGAGUGCAAAAACAAACUUUAAUGUGGAGCAGGUGUUCUUUUCCAUUGCAAGAGACAUAAAACAAAGACUUGCAGAGAGUGAAUUCAAAGCAGAGCCUAAUACCGUCAAGAUCACCAAAUCCGAUUCUACCAACGCCAAAACUGCUGCUCCAGAGAAAUCAGCAUGCUGCGGUUUAUGAGCUUUAACAAACGAUAAGAUUGUAUAAUUACAGUCCCUCUUUCGUCUUUUCUUAGGAUUGGCGAGUCAUUUAACUUAACCAGAAAACAGAAUUUGAUUACUUGCUCAUAUAGAUCGGUACAUUUCUCUAGGAGUUUCUUAUUGUUGUUGGAACAGAGGUAUACUUGGGAGAGACAUACAGCUUCCUUUUACAUGUUCCCACAUCUUAAUGGUCAUUAUAAAGUUAUUUAGAGCAG